CACACACCAUCUUUAAUAUGCUUCUCCUUCUAUUUCUCUCUGUACUCUUCCUAGCACUUUUCUAUGAGUUUCACUGGAAACGACGGAAUUAUCCAGCUGGACCACUUCCUCUACCAGUUAUUGGAAACAUGUGGUCAAUGAUGAGAAACAAUUCUGGAGUGGAAUGCUUUCGGCAAUGGACUAAGGAUUUCGGGGAUGUCUACACAUUUUGGUUCGGUACCAAGCCCUACAUUGUCGUGAGCUCAUACAAACGUCUGAAAGAGGCCUUCAUCCUAGACGGAGACACAUUCGCCGACAAAAUUCGCCAGCCCUUCCAAGAUCAAUUCCGUGGUGGGAACUACGGCGUAGUGGACACCAAUGGUCAUGUGUGGAGCACUCACCGACGAUUUGCUCUCUCCAGUUUCCGAGACUUCGGCUUGGGAAAAAAUCUGUUACAGGAGAAAAUGCUGAUUGAAGUGCAGGACAUGUUUGCGAAGUUUGAUGCAAACCUUGGAAAAGAGCAAAAUCUUCCGGUGGUUUUGUAUAACGCGGCUGCCAAUGUGAUCAAUCAGCUUAUAUUUGGAUAUCGAUUCGAUAAGGAGAGAGAAGGGGAGCUGAAAAAGUUGAAGGCAUUGAUGGAGUUCCAGGAGACCGCCUUCACAACUUUCAAGGUUUAUGUGCAAUUUUUCGCGCCAGCUAUUGGCAAGCACCUGCCAGGAAAAUCUGUGGAAGAUUUACUCGCAGAGUUCACAGUGGACUUUUACAAGUUCUUCAAUCACCAAAUCGAAGAGCACCGCUCCAAAAUAGACUUUGACUCUGAGGAAAGCCUGGACUACGCAGAAGCCUACCUCAAAGAGCAGCGAAAACAAGAAGCUCAAGGAGAAUUCGAGCUGUUCUCUACGAAGCAGCUCUCCAACACAUGCUUUGAUCUCUGGUUCGCCGGGCUCUCCACAACACACAUCACACUGACAUGGAUUGUCGGACAUGUUCUGAACUAUCCAGAUGUUCAGCGGAAAUUGCACAAAGAGCUGGAUGAGGUGAUCGGGAGUGAUAGGUUGAUCACGAACGAUGAUAAGAACAACCUUCCCUACUUGAAUGCGGUGAUCAAUGAAUCUCAACGAUGCGCGAAUAUUGUCCCGAUCAACCAGAUCCACAGUACUUCAAGAGAUACUGUAAUAAAUGGGAUUACGGUGAAGAAGGGCACCGGUGUAAUUCCCCAGAUCAGUGCGAUUAUGCUAGAUGAUAAGGUUUUCCCAGACCCAUAUGCAUUCAACCCGGAGAGAUUCUUAGAUGCUAAUGGGAAGCUCAGAAAGAUCUAGGAAUUCGUGCCGUUCUCAGUUGGCAAACGACAAUGCCUCGGCGAAGGACUUGCUCGGAUGGAGAUGUUCAUUUUCAUGUCCAACUUUUUCAAUCGAUAUCAGGUUUCACCAGCGUCCUCGGGUCCUCCAUCUCUGGUGAAGGAGAGUUUGCUGAACGUGGCUCCACGGAAAUUUGAUGCAAUUCUCAAAAAGCGACACGUGUAAUUUAGACAUCAACUUGACUAGACUAUACCCACCACAUUAAACUCAUGAAAUUGUCCAUCUGUAAAUAAGUAAUGAACGUAUAAAAGCACA